CCUCCCUCCCUCCCGUAAUCCGACUCUCCGCCUCCGCAUCCACCAGGCGCAGCCCCCGUCGACCAGCAGCAGAUCCGCCGCCUCGAAUCGCACCCAAGGCUAGUUAUCAGUCGAUACCCCCACCCACCACCGGUAACGUUUCCUGACCACCCCGAGCGCUCCUCCUCCCCCGCGACUCCCCUAGAUCUGUUGAAGCCGCCGGCGAGGAGCGAAGGGCCAUCUGCGGAUUUCUAGUUGAUCUCUUCCUCCUCCAUCAACCUCCUCUGCAUAUCUCAAGGGUUCUAUCGGAAAUCCGCAGACGCGAGAGCCGAGAGCUCGAUGGGGAAGUCGGAGCCGGAGUGCGUCAACUCGUCGAACCCGGCCCACGAGUGCAACGACUACUGCCUCAACAAGAUCGCCGAGGCCAAGCGCCGCCUCCUCGAAGAGCAACCCGACUCGUGGAAGGGCCCCCCGGAGGACCGCACCGUGCACCCUGACUGCAUCAACGCCUCCAACCCCUACCAUGACUGCUCCGAGUACUGCUUUAAGAAGAUUGCCGACGCCAAUGCAGCGGCGGAGCGCGGGGAGCUAGAGAAGCCUGCUGGAGGUUCUGGCAAAUCAGGAGUCACUCCAGAGCAGGCUGAUGGUGAUGAUGAUUCCGAGCGCCAGGAGGACGCCGCUGCAGCAGAAGACGGUUACCCGCAGAUGACCGAAAAGCAGAAGAAGCUGUUUGAGCUGCAGCUUAAGAUGAACGAAGCUAGGAAGGCGAAUCAGCAGGCGAUGGUUGCGGAGAAGAAGAGGAUGGAGCCUCGUGGCGAGAGCAGAGGCGUAUCUAAGGAGAAGUGGUUGGAAGACAGAAAAAAGAAGAUUGGGAAGCUGCUUGAUUCGAAUGGCCUGGAUAUGUCAAAGUCUUACAUGCUGGAUACACAGGAUAUGGCAGAAGCAAAAUACAAGAAGUGGGAGAAGGAACCCGCACCACAUGGCUGGGAUGUUUUCAACCAGAAAACCUUGUAUGAUGCAUACAAGAAGAGGACAAAAAACAUAGAAGUCGACAUGGAUGCAUACAAUAGAGCGAAAGAAACCGAUCCUGAAUUCUACCGUGAGGCUUCAAGUCUUCAAUAUGGGAAGGUGUCUAGGGUGGCGGAACCCAACAUCGACCGAAUGGUUAAUGAGCUCAAGGAGCGGGAUGAGAAGCGGAAGGCGUUCAGCAGGAGGCGCAAGUUCAACGAAGACAAGGACGUUGACUCGAUCAACGACCGGAAUGAGCACUUCAACAAGAAAAUCGAGAGGGCCUUUGGCAAAUAUACGCUCGAGAUCAAGAACAACCUGGAAAGAGGGACCGCCUUGCCAGACUAACGUUCUGGCGUUUGGAGUCAUCCACUCAACUGGCAGUGCUGUUUCCCCCCUGGUUUCUUUGCUUGUAACCUGUAUUCAGAAUUUAUUUUCUGAAGUGUUAAGAAAGUGAAACCUGGAUGUAAUGUAAUGAUGAUGCUGUGACUGAUAACAUGUACAAACAGUUCUGUAUCCAAAGUGAGCGCUUGGCUCCAAUCUUGCCAUUACUGAACUUUUUUUUUUGCA